CGAACGGUGAUGUAUGGAAGCUGGCUGGCCAUUCAAAGAAGGACAAGCAUGAAUCCAGAUGAUCUCUUAAAGAGCAUUCCACGUCACGCCACGGGUUCAUCCUUCCCCUUCAUUACUCCGAGUCUAUGUCGAGUUUGCCCGGCUUUCCUACCAUCACCCCAGUUGAGGCCGAGGAGACUUUCGGCGUACUGUUUGUCUCAUACGGGCUGUCGGGUAUCGCGUAUGGGUUCACAAUAUACCUGAGCUACAGAUACUACACAACUUACCCCGCCGACUCGGCGUCUACUAAAGGUUUCGUACUGUUCCUGUUCGCCCUCGAUACAGCCUGCAUAGCGCUAUUGUCCCACGCGUUUGUGAUCGUCUUUCAUCAACUGCUGCUUGACGGACGUAUUUGGCCCAGGACAUACUUUUAUAUUGUUACCUCGCUGCCGUUCAUCGCUGGUAUCGCCGCCACCACUCAAAUAUUCACGAUAUCUAUACUUCUUUCGUCAAUCAGCGGAUCUGUUGCCCAAUGCUAUUACGCUAUCAGACUAUGGCGCUUACGUCUUGGACAUGGUGCACUCAUUGGGCUCCUCUGUCUGGUUUCCUUGGGAUGCAACAUCGUGCUUUUCGUAAUGCGCAUUCAUGAUCCGUUGAUAACUCAUUUAAACCACCGUCUGCCGAAGACAAUUAUGAUUUUCUCAUUGGCAUCCCCAGUCGCCUCGUCACUCUUCAUUCUUUUCGUGCCUCGAAACUGCUUGCAAAUGCCAACUUCCGAUCCCUCGCACCAUUUCGCAGUGUCCGAGUCGUCCCUUGUGACGUUCUAUAAGGGUUCCGACAAUUUACUGACGUUGCUGAUAACGCAUGGACUGGCCGGGCUCUUACUUCAAUCAGGGGCACUGAUAUCGUUUUGCGUUCGACCCGAAAAGAUCUUUUAUCUUCCUUUCUUUCUCCUAUCAAUGAGGUCAUUUGUGAACGGACCACUUUAUCUGCAAGUCAACUUCAUUUCCAAACCUCCGAGACAAGGAUCUCAUGCAGCAGAUACUAGGCUGAACACAUACCCGAUACCGGGAACACCGAGUACGAACGCUUCUGCUCAAGAAACCAAGCUUUCCACUCUCCGAAUGGUGCGCUUCGCCCAGAGCACAGCAACGACGACGAGUGGCUCUCAUGCCAGGGAAUCGGCCGACAUCGAAUUUGACCAACCUUCGCAGCGGAAAUUGCCUUCAAAGAUGCGGCCUGCGCAAGUGGAGGAAUUCGAUUCCGAUUCUCCGGCAGUUCGAACCUCUAGGAAAGCCCCGAUCCACGAAGGCGAAAACGAGGAUUAUGAUGUCGGGACCGCAUUGUGAUCAGCUAGGGCUGAUUCGGGGUAUUCUUCGUCCGAGUAUAAGAUUGGACAGCCACCUGCGUAUCAAUACAGAGAAAGUGUGAAAUUGGAG